AUGCUCGCCGCUUGUUCAUCAGAUGGCCAUCUGAUGAACGUUUUGGAGCGUCCACAAGCGUGUGGAUGUACUACGAGUGAGUGCGAUGGCCUCACUUGUGGUACGGUCGUUAGUACGACUGCACAAAACCUUAGUGUACCAAACGGUUACACUUCGGAGCAAAGUUCCGGCGGCUGUGAGGAAACACAGGCUGCGCCGAAGGUCCACCACUCGAAUAAGUCGGGUGGACUGGGACAAAGAUGUAUCCCUAGAGGGGAACAUCUAGAAGAGAAACAAUCGAUCGCUCAGGUUAAGCGAAACGAUAAUCCUAGAUCGACUGGAGAGUCUUUCGUAGAGGAUCUCGCUGUGGUUGCGCAACCCCAGCUAGAGGAAAUAAAGGGAAUAAGUCCCAAGAUUACAAAUACGGCGGAAAUAAGUUCCCCGAAACCCGCGGGAAUAAGUCCCCGGGAAGACGAAGGAAUAAGUCCUUCGAAGCCUGAGGGAAUAAGUCCCCAGGAAAUGACAGAGACAUUGAAUGUCAUAGUCAAUAACGGAUCAUGUGUAGGCGCUUAUACACUUGAUCUGAUUGCGCCUCCGAAGUUAACUUCGGAGAUCACUCAGUUGCCAACGCUCGAACAUAAAAGGUUCUUGCGUGAUCUGCGUAGUGGCAAAGUCAAGCAGAUCUGCAUACUCGUCGCUGACGACGAGUGUGUAACCGACAUAAGGUCAGCAACAGUGUUUACUGAGAACGAGAGAGUUCUCAGUAGUUCAUCUAUGGACGAGAGUGUCCUAGAUGAAAAGACACGAAUUGAGCGAUAUGAGUCCCAAUCAUGGGAAUCGCUCAAGGAAAACCCUCUCUAUGAGGAUUUGGUUGAAUUCAAGGAUGUAUUCCCUGAAACUGUUCCGUGCGAAUUACCGAAGGAUAAAGGUAUUCGACACGAAGUCGAGCUUAAACCAGGCUCGAAGUACUGUGUCAUGAAGCAGUGGCCACUGCCUCGUGAACAAGUACUUGCGAUCGACAAGUUCUUUGCCGAUCGUUUAGCAGCGGGCCAUGUGAGGGAAUCAACUUCCCCACAUAGCUCUCCGACCUUCUGUGUGCGAAAAGCAACAGGAGGGUGGCGGAUAGUGCACGCGUUUAACAAAUUGAACGCUGCAACGGUACCGGCUCAGACGCCGAUACCGAGGAAGGACGUAAUCAUUGAUGGUAUGUCAAAGAGUACCAUCUUUUCGUCCAUGGAUUUGAUGGAUGGCUUCUAUCAAAUCCUAAUGCGGGAACGGGAUAUACCCUAUACCGCAGUUAGCACGCCUAGCGGCAUGCUCUGGGAAUGGCUAGUAAUGCCACAAGGGCUCAGUAAUGCCCCUGCCACGUUCAACAGGUGUGUAUCACAUCUGUUGAGGCCAGUACGAGAAUUCGCGCCGAGUUAUUUCGAUGACGUAUUCAUCCAUAGUCGAGCUAUGGAUGGAAAGUCGGACGUUGAGGUUCACAAGUACCACGUCCGACAAGUUCUUACAAUCAUGCAAAAGCAUCAAUUGUAUGCAAACCUCAAGAAGUGUAUAUUUGCAGCAAGCGAAAUACCACUUCUUGGGUGCAUCGUUGGUAAGAACGGUGUACGUCCUGAUCCCGAAAAGAUCAAGGCGAUCACCGACUGGCCCGUGCCGGUCGAUGUCAAAGGUCUUCGAAAAUUCCUUGGGCUAGCGGCGUAUUUGCAUAAGUAUUCACGCAAUUACGCUGAGAUGACUGUACACCCUCUCUCGUUUGUUGAAAAAGAACGAGAGGUGGUUAUGGAACGCUGA